UGAGGAGUCAACGAAACGAAAAUUAGAAAAAGAAGAAAAAUUUCGAAAAUCUUUGGUGCGUAAAGGUUUUUUUUGUGAAUCUAAGAACUUAGAAAGAUUGUCGGGACCGGAAUACAAAAAAGUUCAUGCGACUUAAAGAAAAUCGGUGCAAACUACUCAAUCGCAUAAAUCAUCUUCUUUAUUUAUGGGAGUUGUCGAUUCCACGACUUUCUUCAAUUUGCUCGAAUAAAGAGGUAGUAGCGCACCGGAGCCGAUCUAUUUUAACUUCUCGUUGUUCUGUCCGAAGGGUAGGGGCUGUGUGGUGAAGCGAGGCGAGGUCGAGCUGUCGUAUACACGCGUACGAGUCCCUUCCUUCUGAAACGAUUUCGCGUGUGCCUCGUGUUCGCGGGCCAUCACAGGAGGCGCAUCAGACAGUGCACGUCAACCUAUUAUCCCAGUCCCGGUCUUGCUCCCACUCUCGAGUAUUCAUCGUGCCUCGUGUGUACUCCCUCUAUCACAACCUGCAGCGAGUAUUUCGCGGCCGGUUUUUCGUCAGUGUCAAAUCGAAAAUUCGGAAGUGAUUCGAUUUCUUCUAUAUUAUCAUUAUUUUUUCAUCGUAUCAACAAGCAUUUAAUCGUGUUCAGUGUCAUCACGCGAUUCGCUUAUUUUCAUUUGAGUGGAUUUAUUAUCGAGCCAGGUGUUACGACCCGUAAACGUCGCUUCCCCACGACAGAUUGCUCUCCUAGAAACUCCAAUAUUUAGCGCCCAUACUCAACAAAUCAUUGUGAUCCUAUCUUUUCUGUAUAUUCAUAUUCGGCACGCACAAGAUAUCGAAGUUAGUGUGUUGGACCAGCAGCACUGUCGUCGAUCGUGUAUAGCUAUGGUUUCGCGGGUAGUGCGAAAUAGUGAAAGAAAAGCUGUGAAGUGAAUCGAGUGUAGUGCAAUUGAGAAGACAUCAAGACAUACAGAUGCGUAGUUGUUAUUAGUGUAAAAAACGGAGAUAGUAAAGGGGCGACAAUCAGAAAAGGAGAAAGAUUAGCACAUAAGAGAAGGAGAACGAAAGAGAGAAGCAUUAAGGAAGAGGAAAGGAAAGAGAGUGAUUAAAGAAGAGAAAGAGAGAGAGAGAGAAAGAGAGUUUGAUAGAAGGACAAAACUCGAGUGUGGAGAAGUACGACACGGUGAUAGAUAAGUAUUGAGUGACAGACACGGCCGGAACGAAGAAACGAACUUAUAGUAGUAUACGUCGAAAAGAAGUGAAUCUCUACGAAUUGCGGUGACAGAGAAUAUAUUUAUCGAACAUCACAUUCACACGAGAUAAACAACACGCGUUGACGAUAGACUCGUUACGCGAGUCUAUUCUCUCUUAUUUGGAAGUAAUAUAGUGGUGAGAUUGUCUUUCUCCGAACUGAAACAACAGAGAACAACAGAAGUGGAAGGGAAGAGCGAAGAGGGUGAGCCGCGCGUGUCUCUCUCGUGGUGUGUCAUGGGGUGUUUCGGCAGCCAGAGCAGUAAGGCCAGCCAGGAUGACAGCAAGAACCAGAAGAGGCGCUCGGAUGCCAUUACCAGGCAAUUGCAAAAGGAUAAGCAACUUUACCGAGCUACUCACAGACUUCUUUUGCUUGGAGCGGGAGAGUCUGGGAAGAGUACCAUCGUCAAACAGAUGAGGAUAUUGCACGUGGAUGGUUUCAGCGAAGCGGAAAAGCGGCAAAAAAUCGAGGACAUCAAAAAGAACAUCAGAGACGCGAUACUGACGAUAACCGGCGCGAUGAGCACGUUGACGCCACCCGUUGCUUUGGAGGAUCCGGCGAAUCAGAGCAAAGUCGACUAUAUCCAGGAAGUCUCAAACUCCCCGGACUUCGAUUAUCCCCCGGAGUUCUACGAUAUCGUCGAAGCCCUUUGGAAGGACCGAGGUGUUCAACAGAGUUUCGAAAGGAGUAACGAGUACCAACUAAUUGACUGCGCUAAAUAUUUUCUAGAUAAGGUAGCCAUUGUUAAACAACCGGAUUACACCCCCACAGAACAGGACAUCCUCAGGUGUCGAGUCCUCACGUCCGGUAUCUUCGAAACACGGUUUCAAGUCGACAAAGUAAACUUUCAGAAACAAGAUCUAUUAGCGGAAAAGAUAAAAGCAGGAAAGCACAAAUUAGAAGAUUAUUUUCCAGAUUUUGCGAGAUAUCAGACACCGGUUGAUGCUGGGGUAGUAGUAGAUCCUUCGGAACCUCCUGACGUUAUGAGGGCCAAGUACUUCAUUAGAGACGAAUUUCUUCGUAUAAGCACAGCGAGCGGCGACGGCAAGCACUAUUGUUAUCCGCACUUUACAUGUGCCGUCGAUACGGAGAACAUCAAGAGAGUGUUUAACGAUUGUCGGGACAUCAUUCAACGGAUGCACUUGCGCCAGUACGAGCUCUUGUGACUUCGUUCCUGCCAACAUGUCCUGUCAUCUAUUCGUAUAAAAAUUACGGUAGUGAUCCAUCUUGAGCUAACGCGAGUCAAAUGAAUCGUACCGUGGGCGAUCUGAAUAAUAUCGCGAUGUACGACGAUAUAUAACAUUGGUGCGUGGAACUCUUCUUCGCUUAUCUGAAGCCGUUUAAUUAUUCAGAAAGUAAUGCGUCGAAGACUCCGCGUGCAUGCAUACAUGAUUGAUGACUGCGAGUCGAUCAUUCUUCUUCGACAGAGAGUUCAAGGAGAAAAGUUGAUACGCGGUGGUUGGGGAUUACCUAAAGAAAAUCUGUCUCGCAAUGGAGAGAAUAGUUCUCUUUUUUUGCACAGAAUCGCUUACUAUGUCAUUGGUGUACAAGCAAAUUAUGCCCUAUGCGCAUUCUACUCUAACGAUCGUUUUGACAGAAAAAAAAAAAAAAGAAAAAAAAGAAAAAAUAUCUUGGGCAUUUCGAUUACUCGACUCCUUUUUUUUAGGUUCCGUCGAGAGUGUGCUGAACGUCCUGAAUGGGAGGGAGGGGGGGAAAUAAUAUUCUUUGCUAGAAA